UUUGCGCGGAUAAACAGCAGCUGUGCGGCGCAGAGCAAUAAAACGGAAACCGACGACAAAAACAUUUCCAACCGAUCAUAUUAAAGGAAACUAUCUUCCAUCCGUGCAUACAGCAGUUAAUCAAAAAGACGUUAAGGAGCUGAACCCCCCCGGUCGUAGCAGCACCACCACCGUAAAGCUGGGCCAACACUCGGGCUGGUUUUUGUUCCCCACACUGACGCAGACGUCUUCGUCCUGCUCAGCAGCGGCCUCCAUUUUAGCUUCUCGCCCGGUCGCUACCUCACGUGUCCUGGACUGUCUUUCUCACAUGACCCGUGUGUUUGUCCCCGUGAUCAGCGCUUCCAUCUCCGUAAAUCAACGUCGUUGAAUAUCGGUGUUUUACACCCGCCGAGGCUUCAUGGAUAUGCUGGAGCAGAGUCUGGACAGUUCGGCGAGUCACAAACAGGAAACAGAAGAAGUGCAGCUACAGGAAGGAGAGGCGGUGGGGUCGGAGGAGCAGACUGCAGUGACCAUCACCGGUGUCCCACAGACUGCGUUUGCUGACCACAGCGUGCAGUACCAGUUUCGUACAGAGAACAGUGGAGGACAGGUGACCUAUCGUGUGGUUCAGGUAACAGACGAUCAGUUAGAAGCAGCAGCUGAUGGGAAUGGAGCCGUCAGUGUCGUCUCGGCUGCAGCAUUUGCUGGAGCCCCUCAGGCUGUGGCACAGGCUGUUAUCCAGAACCCUUUCAGUAACGGGGGCAGCCCUGUUGGGGAGACGGCGGGAGGAGAGACGCGGUUUGCUUUUUUCCCCUCCGCUGUUUUCUCAGAAGGAUUUGUUAAAUUUGAACGUUUAAAUCCAGGUCAGUUUUAUGUGAUGAUGAGCCCCCCAGAGGUGCUGCAGACGGCGACCCCUCGUACCAUCGCACCACGCACACACACCUACACUGCAGACCUUGAUGAAAGCCAGGUGUUGCAGCAUGGCAGUACAAACUGGAAGGUGGACGGUCCACGGGCGCCCAGAGAUGAGAGACGACGAGCACAGCACAAUGAAGUGGAGAGAAGAAGAAGAGACAAGAUUAACAAUUGGAUUGUUACACUGUCAAAAAUCAUCCCUGACUGCAGUGUAGACAGCAGAACUGGAGCGAGUAAAGGAGGCAUCCUGUCCAAAGCUUGUGACUACAUCCGAGAGCUGCGUCAGAGUAACCAGCGGCUGCAGGAGAGUUACAAAGAGGUGGAGCGAGUCGAGAUGGACAACGAGCUGCUUAGAAAACAGAUCGAGGAGCUAAAGAAUGAUAACGCACUUCUUCGAGCACAGCUGCAGCAGCACGGCGUAGAAAUCAAUGGAGAUGCAACGCCACAGUGAUUGUGGACUGGACACAUGUAAUGUCACAAACACAAUGUUGCAUCCUCCCACCCACCUGAACAAUACCAGGAUAGGAAUAACAACGAGAGACAAUUUGGACUACAAAUCCACACCCAGGGCUCGAGACACACACUGACGGACUUCAAACUGAAAACGCCUCCUCCUCCUCCUCCCACAGCUGAAAGACUCUGAAAUCCGUUAACUGUGUAGCUAACUGAACCUCUCACCUGUGCUUUAAGGAAAACGACCUCUGCACCGCACCGCCACACUUGUACCAAACUUUCCUUUUAUAAAUUAUGAAACUGCCACAGAUUCAUUACAUUCAUUCACUUUUAUUGAUUUCACGUUUUUAUCAUACUGCAAACCCCUGCUCCUUCCUCUUUGUUGGCACUUGCUGUUUGAAACUACUAAAUGUGACAAGAAUUAUAGCUUCCAUUUGCUUUUUUUUAUUUAUUCCUUAAGGAAUGUGUAC